CUUUCUUCUUAAGAUUUGUGUCAAAUCUGUCAUACAUAUUGACACUUCGGUAGCAAAAUUUGUUACUCGGCAAUAAGACUAACCGUUUAACAACAAAUUCUUAACUGGUCAGGAAAGUAUUCGCAACAUGGAACUUUCAUAUUUGAAUGUCGUUACUCUGGUAUUUAUCGGGACCUCAAUUUUGCCUUUAUUGAAUGUUGAUGGCUUUGGGUUCAAAUUUAACUCAUACAAAAAGUUUAUUGUAACACAAGAAAUAAAGGAUGAUUCCGUGUCAGACUCGCUCUCAAUCUCAAGCAACCAGAACGACUACUUUGAUCGUAAGACUUCCCCAUCAAAACUCAAAGAUCCUUUUUCUUUGGGCCUGCGUUCCUCAUUUAUAAGGGCAUUUUCAAGUCAAAGGCUUGGAAGCUUUGUAAGUUCUUGUAUACAUAUUCUUUGAUUAACAAUCUUAACUUUUUUUCAGGUAAAACUUGAGUUAAAGUUAAAGGUAUUGGUUUUUGCCAAGAGUUUUCUCAGCAUAAGUCAUAAGUAUAAGCCUCACCAUAAGCCCUGUGACGUCACAUUGGGGAAUCCCAACACUGGACUUAGGUGAAUAGACCUAUUCUUUGAAGGAUCCUAAGGAUGUGUUAUAAUAUUCCUGUUCUUUAUUGAGCAUUAUUCGCAUCAUAAACAAUACGGUUAAUAUGAUAUGAAGUAUAUUGAAAUGAAAUUUUCCAUUAAUUUGUAUUAAAAUUCAACUUAAACAUUUCAAAAGAUAGGAAAAAAGAAACACAUCCUUGCUGAUACCCCAAGACCUAACACCGGUGGAAAAAAAAUACGCCCGCGAAAAUUGCUGUAUUUUGAUUAGUUGAAAUCAAAACCAAAAUAGGACCCAAACCCCUCCCCUCGCUUUAAAUACCAAAACAAGAAACAUAGAAAUUCUCUGGGGAGGGGAGACCCCUCCCCAAUACCCCUCCCCAAAUAAAAAAAAAAGAAAAGAAGAAAAUAAAAACUUGCGUUUUUAGUAUGGCACUGUAGACGGAAAUAGACCUGAGGGAACCUCCGUGACCUACAUACCAUGGAACACAUCGCCAUUAUUUUAUACUAUUUCUAUUGAUAGUGAAGUUGAUUUAAAUUUAGAUCCAUCACAUGAUUCCGAUAGUUGUAGUUUUAGACGAUAGUUGUAGUUUUAGACGAUUUGAGUCAUAGCAGUGAAGAUGAUGUUUGCCUACAUCAAAGGGUUUGGGGGGAAAAUGGUUUUGCAUAUCACAUUUUCACAUUUUAAGUUUCACAUUUUAAGUUUCUCUUCUCUUACUUAUUUUAGUUAAACUUAAGAAAUAAUUAAAUAAGUUUACAAACAUAUAGACCAUUCAACUAUCUUUCAUUUUAUACCAAACUUUGCCUUAUAAAUCAAUCAAUACUAUUUAAAAUAUUUUUUAAUAAACCCUGCGUCUCACUCUUUUUUGUUAAUUGAAAAAAAUGUAAAUUUUUUCGUUAAAAAAAUUCCGGGGUCACAGCAUUAGGAAAAUUGAGAACCACCGCUCUAGGGCUUUUCUUAUUCAAAUACUGUCUAUACUAAUACUAUCUCUACCUAAACAACAUGACCAUAGUGACAGGGGCUAACUCUGAAUGACAUCAUACAUCUAAAAGGAAAAGGGGAAUUUGUGACAAAGUAUUAUUUGGGUGUCUAGUGUGAAAAUUUGUGAAUCAUAACAUGAUGUCACUCAUGAAUAGCUUUAACUUGUGUACUAGGUUAAAAGCUUCAGCCAUCUUUUGUCAUUCAUGGCAACAUUUAUGGCCUAUUUGGAGAACUCUUCUUUAUAUGAUUAGGUAUUACCCAUAAAGUAAACACCAACAGAGGGAUGUACUAGUAGUACUAUUACUAGUGAUAUAUAAUACUAGUUCUAAACUAGUGAUUGGUCUUAUGUUAAUAAUUUAUCACCAUAACAAUAUCAAUUAAUGUAUAUAUAGCAUUGGCUAUAGACAAUUAAUUUUGUUUACUCUUAAAGUCAGAAAUCAAAUCCCAGAAGAGCUUCGUCACUGAUGAUUUUGCAUGGAAAUCUUGUGGACCCGAAAAUCAGCUUGUAGAGAUCCGAAAUCUCACCUUUGAACCUUCACCACUUGUGUUUCCUGGAGUAAUGACCUUUGGGUUUGAUGUUAUCUUUCAUGAUACCAUAAACAGCGACGCAUCUGUAUCUGUAAGCAGUUAUGUUCUUUUAUUUUUGUCCAAAUUUUCCCUAAUGGCAGGUUGCGACCUGGUACUGAGCCACAAAAGCAAAACUACCGGGGUGGGAAUUUUUUUUUUCACCUGUGCCCACUCCACACCUAUAGUAAGUGUUGAGAGACAGAAGCAUAUAUUUUUAGUUUGUGUUAACACUGGGAGGCCCCCCCCCCCUCUUUCACUCAGAAGCCCUUGGUUAACUGAAUUUCUGAGUCACCAUGACCCACUGAUCAAAGUGACUACUGGCACCUCUUAAUCUACCAAAAAAAAAGCAAAAAAAAAGCACUGCAGGUAUUUAAGGGAGAAAUUAAUGUUAAUAACUUGUAUCUGAGAAUAAAGUUAUCCUGUUUUUCUAAAAAACUGGAGUUUUUAAUUUUAAAAUGUGUAACAUUGCUAAUUAAUAAAUUAAUUUCAAGGAUUCUGUUUGAUUUCUUUACAUUUUUGUAUGAGUAAAAGCUUUACAAAAAAAUUUAAAUGUAUACAAACAAUAUCCACAUUUAAAUUUGUUGUAUGUUCCUAUAUUCAUAUGCCUAAAAAAAAAACAAUACACAAAGUAACUGGGCCACAAAAAAAUAAAUUUUGGAAAUGCUGCUUUACACACAUGUAGUGGGGUAGAGUUUGUCUGCUCCUUUAAAUGAAUUAUAGUCAUUAUGCCAUGUUUUCUAAGCUCUUCUUUCAUCCAUUUUUACUUGAUAAUAAUAAUGAUGAUAAAAGUGGUAACAAAUUAAGUUUUAAAAUCCAUUUUCAAUUUAUGUUAAAAACCCAUGUAAAAAUUUGAUUUCUUUAUAUUUACAACUGUUUUUAUGUUUUUUCAAAGAAGUUUAUUUUUUGCUUUCCUGUAUCUCUGGUUAAUUAUUAAUUAUAACCUUCUCUAGGCCAAGCUUGCUUUACAGUACAGAAGAGGAAGUGGAACCUGGAUUCCCAUUCCCUGUAUUGGUCAGAUAGGGUCAUGCAACUACACUGAUAUUUGUGCUUUGACAAAAGGCAUUUCAUGUCCUCCUGAUCUGAAACAAAAAGGGAUACCAUGCACAUGCCCAUUUAAUAAGGUUAGCAAUAGAUUAGAAUUUAUAUGUUAAAUUGUAAUUAGUCUUGAAAAGGAAAAUAUUAAAAACGGUAACUGCAUUUAUAGGGUUAGGACAUAGACUAAUUAAAUAUUUUAAAUGAAAGCUGUGUAUUUGAAAAGUUUAACAAUGAUCACUUGCACAAUAAUAAGUUAAGGUAAUUCUUAAUAAUGCACUAAACUUAAUUCAGUACAAGCAUUCGCUGUAGAAGGUACAUUUGUUUAAAGUUAAUUAUUGUAAAAUAUUCAACCAUUUUUAUUAUUUUUGACUGAUUGAUGGAUAUUAACCAGAUGGGCAGAUGGAAGGGAAUUGAUGAUUUUUAAAUCUUCACUCUUUGAUUUUUUUUUUAGUUGUAUCAACCACUUAAAACAAUGUAGAAAAUAAAUAAAAGAGCACUUAUAUAAAAUCAAAACUGUUAAGGUGCUAUGCACUCUGUUUAUAACUUUUUUUUUUUUUUUUUUUUACAUUCAAACAGUAAUUUUGAAAAUUCCAAAUGAGGGUUGGAUGAUUCCAUAAUCAAUAUACUAAAUAUUCAAAAAUUAUAAAUAAAAUUAAAAACAACCACUUAAAACAAUGUAGAAAAUAAAUAAAAGAGCACUUAUAUAAAAUCAAAACUGUUAAGGUGCUAUGCACUCUGUUUAUAACUUUUUUUUUUUUUUUUUUUACAGUCAAACAGUAAUUUUGAAAAUUCCAAAUGAGGGUUGGAUGAUUCCAUAAUCAAUAUACUAAAUAUGCUAACAUUAUAAAUAAAAUUAAAAUAAUUUUAAUGAAACAUAACGUCUUUGACCGGGCAACAGCACAUCAUGGAGCAUCAUGAGCAACAUUGUUAUCCUUUUCACCUAGUUGUGUCAAAGGUUUUAAGUAAAUUUAAUCAAUUAUUCUUCCAUCUUUUCCUUUCAUCUCAGGGGGAAUACACGCUUGAACAUUACGAUGUUGAGAUUGAUGCUGCCGUUUUCCUAGCUGGGAAUUAUCAGGGACAAAUAAAUUUGAAUGACAAAGAUAAAGGCCAGAUAGCUUGCUACAUAGUGAACUUUACUAUUGGAUAAUCAGGUGUGUUUAUACUUCUUUUGUAAUAAUUCAAUAAUAAGUAAUAAAAAGUCUGAAUAAAUGCACACAACAGUUACGAUUAUAAGGAAUUACUAAAUUUAAAAAAUGAAGGUAAAUAAUAAAAAAUAAAAAAAUUAAGCUUUUAUAACACAGCUUAAUUUCCCUUUCAGGUUCUAUUCUGGUUUUGUUUUCAAAAGAAUGAAAAAGAGAGAGAACAUUUAUGAAGUUAAAAACUUAAUCUUAUUUUUGUAUAUGAAGAAUUUUCUGAAAAUUUUUAAUUAAGUACCAAACACUGUAAAUUUUGUAUAUCACUUUUAUGGAUUAUACGAAAGAGUAUCUCUCCAACUAUUUGUUAUAUUGUUAAGUUGGAUUUUUAAAAACAUAAGCAGGUAUUGUAUUCCGAAAUACCAAAUUAAAAUUUGGUUUAUUUGCCACUCAAUAAUACAUUUUUGAGUUGUUUACUAUUUUUUAACAUAAAAAAUACCCUCUAUUUGAAUUGCAUCCAAAUGCUUGAAGGAAAUUUUUAUAAUCCAUUAAUCAUUUUGAUCGUCUAUGUCAGUAUUUCCCAACCUUUGAUAUAAUCCACAUUCUCUACAAAUUAUUUGGCUAGUCUUCCAUCUGCUACAAAUGUUUUUGCAAAGUCUCCUACCCCUAAAAAAGUAAAAAUGUAUUUUAAAAUUGGAAAAUAAUUGACUUUUAAAACAUUUAUUGAAUUGGAAAUAGAACUAAAAAACUUAGAAAAUAAACUUGUGACUUAUUUCAUAUAGGAAAAUUUUAACUAACAAAUUUAACUAUAUAUAAGCUAUAUCAUGACUUAUGAGCUAAUGUCUCCUCCGUUCUUAUAAUCCCUUUUCCUUGCACCCCCUGAUAUGCUAUUUGCAACCCGGGUGGGGGGAUGAUUCACCCAAGUUGGGAAACCCUGGACUCAAGAUAGUCAACAAAAUAUUGUUUUUAAUAAAAAAUAAAAGGGAAUUGCCGCCCUUACAUAUUAUCUACAUGAUGCUUAACAAUUUAUCAUCAUUUCUGACUUAUAAAAAAAACCCUUCACAUCUAAAGAAAGAAGUAUUUGAAAAUGAGAAUGUUUCCUGAAUGUCAGCAUAAAAAUAGGAAAGUUAUCUUGGGCUACAACUUUUCAAAGUGUUGGUUUAAGGAUUUGUAAAACCAUGUUGUGCGUACCUUUUGAUUAUAGUUUUAACAAAUGGUGCAGAGUUGGAUUUUUAUGUUCUUUACAAACUAAAAAAAGCUAAAAAUUUUAGUCCUUCUUUAUAGUUUGUAAACAUUGACUGGCAUAGUGAAACUCUCUUAUUUUUUAUUUGUUUAAUGAAUGAUAUACUCUUUCUUGAUAUUAAUGUUUUUUAUUUGAUUAGAACCAUUACAAAUUAUUACAGAAGUAUUUUUAAAAAAAUAUAAAUAGAUAAGCAAUUAUUUAGUUACUUUUAUUUGUGUAUUUUAUUAUUUAUUUUUGAUUUGUCACUAAUUUUUCAUGCAUCCUUUUUUUCACAAAAUGUUUCAUUGAUCUGAGAGCUGAUAUUUUUUGUAUGAUUGAGCUGAAAUUUUGGUAUUGGCUAAUUUAUUGUUAGCUUUUUAACUUUAUUUUAGGUGAUUUUUAAUUUAUCCACUAUAACCGAAGCCUUUACUUUCAUUACACUUGUGUAUUAAGCUGUCUAAGGUUUGAAUUAACUUUAGAUUCAAAGUGACAGAGCUUCUAUUUCUUUUUAUAGUGACCCACACAUCAAAGUGCAUUGUUAAAAAUUACACAAAUUUACUGUGAAAAGUAAAGUAUUUCUUUUGCCAUGCUAUAAAUUUAACCAAGCUUACAGGUCACAUUUUUUUGCAACAAAGCUUUGCACUAUGAAAUAAGCAUCAAAGUGAAAUGAGGACACAAGUUGCCUUUUGUAAAUUUUGAUACACGCCCACAUUCCAUAAGGAAAGAAAAGAUUAAAUCCUUAAAAGUUGCAGCUUUGUGACAUUGGUUAUAGAUUUUUUGUAUCUAGUUAGUGUUUUAAAAAAUUUAUUUUCUUAAGUCAAGAAUUUUUUAAACAAAAAUAUAUAUAUUUACAUUUGUUUUAUAGACCGCUAAUAACUUCAUCAUUAGCUGACUUAAUUUGACAGAUGCUUGGCUUGAUACAAUUCGGAUUCAUUCAUUGUAAGAAGGUGGUCUCUUAAUGAUACAGUUAUUAUUUGAAUGGAAGAUAUUGCAUCUGUCUUGCUAGCCACAAAAAGAUUUGUAGAUGAAAAAUAUUUAAAAAUGCAGAAAUGAUUCCUGCAAUUAAUUGAAGGUUUGUUCCAUAACAGAUCUCUAAUUGGAAAACUUGUUUUAAGGAAGGAAUUGUAUAUUUACAAUUUUGUAGAAUGAUUUGAAGCAUCAAUUCUUAUCCUUGUAUUGCACUCUUGUAUUUCACUUUUUAACCUAUUAAAGCCUAGAAAGGUGAACUUUUACUAGAAAAAAUUACUCGAUGUUCUGUUGUUUUUUUUUUUUUUUUAAUUCAAAAUUAAAAGGCACAAAAAGUUUGUUUUUAAAAAAUUUUUUAAGCAUCAAUUCUUAUCCUUGUAUUGCACUCUUGUAUUUCACUUUUUAACCUAUUAAAGCCUAGAAAGGUGAACUUUUACUAGAAAAAAUUACUCGAUGUUCUGUUGUUUUUUUUUUUUGUAAUUCAAAAUUAACAGGCACAAAAAGUUUGUUUUUAAAAAACUUUUUUCUGCAUAAAAAUAUUUAAUGACAUUAUUGAGAGGAUCACUGAGCUUUUGUAUAGAAGUUUUAAAGUAGUGAGCUGUG